CCUUUACGGAGAGAUGAAGUUUGGCUCUCAUCUACUUGCGACGGUGACGAGAAAUGAGAUGACGUUCGUGCUUCCUCUAUGUAUCUGCAACCGCCGAAGUUAUGGCUUCGUGUUAAAUUCCAUUGAUUCACUCCCACACGAUGUCGUCUUCAAUGCUUUGUUUUGUCCCGAAAGGCGGUGGUGGUUCCGUAUAAGUAUAUGUCUAAACUCGCCGCCGGGACGAUGUAUUCCAUCUCCGGAUUUGAUGUCGCUCGAUGUGCUCAGAAUUUUAUCAUAUAUGCCCCAUCGCAGGAAAUUGAUUUUAUCUGCACCGGGAGAGGUUUUAGACUUGACGUGGACAAGGGGGUGGUGUUAUGUUGCCUGCUCUAAAUUCAGCAAGAAAUUGCAGUCCACUGUCUCUGCUUUUGAGUGUGUGCGAUGCAGUAAUGGUAAUGCCGCCGGAGUUCUCCGUUAUCGUGUGGAGUUGGCAGUCGCAGAUGAUACUGCUGAAGGUGCUUUCGUAUGUUUCGACGGUGUGAUGGCUAGGCUGCAUAAGCUCCGAGCGUCUGAAGCAAGUCAGAUGUUGACUGAAGGAGUAAACCCUGAAGACUCCAAAGUGCCUAUGUUUAUCAUAGACAUGGAAGGAAAGGUUAGUACCUACAACUUCACUGCGCACCAUCAGACAUUCACUAUCACUCGCAUCCUCAAGGAACAUGAGCGUGUGCCAGUCCCUGACUUUGUCGUCGAUGGAGGAACCGAUGGUGAUGAUGCAGAUCUCCCAGAUGGUAGUCCAGUUCCUGUUGAGUCCGAAGCUGGAGAUGACAGUAGUGAUGCAGCGGUGAGUGCUGAUGCUAAACCAGCCAAUGAUGCGACUAGAAAGAGGACUCGCGCAUCUACCAAGGCGGUCAAGAAAGCGCGUGUUGUUUGAAAUGGAAUUCCAGUACUUAUCGUUUCCAAUUUCAGAGUUUAAAUAAUGCUUAAGUAUCUGCGGUUCUUUUCGUGUUUUUGAAUGACUUUGUCUCUGCUCUGUCUUCCUUAUGAUGCCAGAUGUUUGUUUCAGUAAGUUUCAUGAUAACAAAUUUC